AUGUCCCAUCGAGCCACAUCGAAACCCGGAUCCUCCGGGUCAUCACCCACCUCGAUUCCCAACCAACGCAAGAUCCUCUACUCGGUCCUCGGCUUGGCCUCCAUCUUCCUCCUCUUCCAAGUCUUGCCUUCGACGAACAAGUCGUUCCGCACGCCUAAAUGGACGGCCAACCCGUUAUCCUUCCGUCAGGCGCUCUUGAGGAACCGGGACAAGGUCGUCCAGCGGCCUCCUAUUCAACAUCCCAUUCCCAAGCUCAUGGAUCGGGCCAAGGAACAGUUCGAAGACAAGGUCAAUAGGCAGAGCAAGACGCUCGACGAGGCCGUUACCGAGUACAGGAAGAGGUACGACAUGGACCCGCCCAAGGGGUUCGACGAAUGGUUCCAGUUCGCCAAAGACAACAAGGCCGUCAUGAUCGACGAAUACGAUCAGCUCAUGCGAGACCUCUCUCCGUUCCGCCAAUUCGCCGGUUCAGAGAUCAGAGAACGAGCCAUCCAAGUCGGUUACCUGCCCUCGGUCGACCUGGUCCGCGUGCAGAACGGCACGACCCGGACGAUCGACGUCAACAAGGGGUUCGACGAUAGUGAAGUCGGGGCACGUGCGAAAGGUUUCCGUGUCAUGUUGGAAAAGUUCCAGGACAAGUUGCCGGAUAUGGAUUUCCCUAUCAACGAAAAGGCCGAAGGACGGAUCUUGGUACCCUGGGAGCAAAACUUGUACCACAAUCUGACCGCCGAUGCGAGCAAGGGUAUCGAACACGUACUGGGGGGCAAGUUCGCUCCAGACUGGCGGGGCGACGGAAACGUCUGGGAAGCCUAUCGAAGGACUUGCGACCCGCACUCUCAAGCCCGGCGUCUCUUCGGCUCACUCCGCGCUCAGCUCAAGGACGGCCAACAACCUACCGACCACCUCGAACAGGCUGGGAUCUCCACCUCCCUCUCCCCCGAUUUCACCUUCGCCGAGGACAUCGACGACAAGUAUUCUUACUGCGACCACCCUUGGGCGCAUUACAGUCAGGGCCACUUCUUCUCCGAUUGGAGGACGAUCCACGCUCUUUACCCUAUGUUCUCCCCGGCCAAGGGGACGGGUUACGGUGACAUCCUCAUCCCCUCGCACUACUACUACUCGUCCACCAAGCGGUACACGUACGGAUGGGACCCGGCGCAUAUGAUCAUCAAGGAAGUCGACGAUAUGGAAGUCCCCUGGCAUAAAAAGGUGGACGACAUCUUUUGGAGAGGGGCGACUACGGGUGGGGGGUCGAGUCCUCCUGGAUUCUUGGCUCAAUAUCAGCGACACCGAUUCCUCCGCCUGACCUCGGACUCGACCGACGCCAACCGGUCCGUCGUCUUUGCCGAUCCGCCCGGCUCGGACCAUUUCAUCGAAGCCAAAGUGCCCAUCGGUCAACUCAACGCCGACAUCGUCGAUGCCGCUUUCACCAAAGCCGUCGGAUGUACCCAAUACCCCGGUGGAUGCGACGGUAUGCGCAAGGACCAUCGGUUCGCCGACGCCGUGCCCCUGGGUGAGAACUGGAGGCACAAGUACUUGAUCGAUCUGGAUGGGAUGGGGUAUUCGGCGAGGUACUUUUCGUUGUUGGCGAGCGAGAGCGCGGUGAUGAAGACUUCGGUGUAUACCGAGUUCUUUUCCGACUGGAUCGAGCCUUGGCUGCACUACAUCCCCGUCACCCAGGGAUACAGCGAGAUCUACAACAUCUGGUCCUACUUCUCUGGCCCUACGCAAGCAAUGAUCCAAGCGGCCAACCAGACUCGAGCCUCGUUUGGCGGUCGCAAGGCCGCUCUCGCCGCCAGGCCUUUGGACGGGGAUGCAGAGCUUCGAAAGAUCGCCAAGGCGGGGAGAAGCUGGAAGUAUACUCACGGACGCAAGCUCGAUAUGGAGGUUUACGUUUACAGGCUGUGCCUCGAGUGGGGUAGACUCAACGCUGACGACCGUGAGGCUGCGUCAUACAAGCCCUAG